GUGAUGAAAAAAAGAAUAAUAAAAAUAAAAAGUUUUUCCAUUUCGAAAGAGAGAAAGAGAGAGAAAAAAAAACUUUAUAUAAAAUAAAAAGUUCGAGGAAAGUCAAUCACCAGUUACAACGUAGGUAGAGACAAAUAAACAACAACAAUUAAGUAGAUGAUUAAGAUUAAUUUGGCUUUGAUUGUGUGAAAAUCUAUGAUCAACAUAAUGAAGUUACUAUUUAAUCAAUUUGACAACCAUAGUCUUUUAAUAACAGUGAGUGAACUUUGAAUUAAUCACCAUUGGUAAUAAUAUUGUAUUGUCAUCAGUUAAUCGUCAACAAUUAACAGUGAAUGAGUAAAUUGUUUUCUUUACCAAUUGCAAUCAAUUGCGUGUUUACAUGUUUAAUCAAAUCACGAAACAAUUGGUAGUCCAAAUUGUUGACGGAAAUGUUUUUCAACGGCCUUGCCCUUACAUCUUAACCCAAAUCAAUAAGAAAAGUUGACAACAGUUAAUCAAAAGUUUCGAUAUUAUUUCGUGUUUACAAUUUAAAUAAUCAUUAUAAUUAAACUGCUACUUAUUACUAGUCUCAUUCACUUAUAUUACUUUCUUCCUCAUCCUCAUCAUUAUCACAACAACAACAACAACACCAACACCAACAUCGUACAUCAUAUUAUCCACUUACGAAAAAAACUUUUUUGUUCCGUUAAAUUGAUCGGCCGAACUUGAUGUUCUCAGUAUCUAUCGUUCUCCCUCAGUUUAUCUUCAUCUUCUUCCGCCGCUCUCAAUCUCCAUCAUCAUCAUCACUUUUCCCUCUCUCAUAUUGAAAGAUAAUCACAACAACAACAACAUCUCGUCAUCCUCAAUAAAAGAAAGAGAGAAAGAAAGAGAAAAGAAAAUUUUUCUUCUUCUUCAUUUUUGUGGCCAAAUUGUUUCUCUUUCUCACUUUUCUCCUUCAGACUAAAUUAAACUUCGGCUUUAGUUCAUCAAAUUAUUCAAUUCAUUUGUUCAAGUUUCCGGAAAAGUGAUCACACAACUAACGGUACUUGUUAAUUCAGUUAGUAAAUUCUAAAAACUUCCUUUCUUUUUCAUCUUAAUCAUCAUUAUCAUCAUCAUAAUCUCCUUCCCGUUAUACUUGAAGAAGAAAAAAUUACCUUCCUUUUUGAUUCUAAUCAACUGUUGGUCCACUUGAAUUAACUUUUAAUUUCUUUAAUUCAUUUGGUGUUGCCAAUCAUCGAGUUCUAAUUUGAAUUGUUCAUCUUAUCAACUCAUAUUACUUAUUUUUUUUUGCUUCUCACUGUUCAUCAAUCGAUACCCUUGAUACUUGAUUACGAAAGUCAACCAAUAUGGACCCGGAACUGGGAUCCGAGAGACACUCAGUUAGUAUUCAAUUAACUAAUUCACUUGAUGAUGAUUUAAACAUUUCCACCGAUGUUAACUGUAAACCUCCGCCAAUGGUUGAAACUGUUGCCGUUGUGUCCACCGUUGUGACCAAUACAAAUGAUCAUGUAACCAAUUUAAUGUUAUCACCUUCAUCAUUAUCCUCACCACAAUCACCUUCAUCCUCAUCAAUCAUUGUAGUUUCAUCUUCAUCAAUUAAAAAAUCAGCCACAAAAACAAUAUCAGAUUCAUCAUCAACCAUUUCAACCAUAUCGACAGUUUCAUCUUCAACAUCAUCCUCACCACCACCCACUCCAACUACUUUACCUCUUCACUCCAGUUUACAUCGAGGAUCAUCACCUCGACUUUCACUCGAAUCCUCUGGUUCAACGAAAAGUGGUUCAGUUGCAUCUUCGACCUCUUGUCCAUCAUCAAAUAGAACCUCUUUCCUGGCGGAAGCUGUUGCUUACUCGGAUGGACAGUCCAACGCUUCCGGUAACAUUUGUAGCCUUGUUUGGAAAAAUUUAACCUACACCAUUGAAUCGUCUAAAUGGUCAUUUUCCGCUCCCUGUGGUUUUAAAAGGUCAACAAGUAAGAAAGUAAUUUUCUCAGGUCUAUCAGGUGAAGUUAAAUCAGGCCAGUUAACAGCGGUUAUCGGACAAUCAGGUGUAGGUAAAUCGACUCUCCUUGAAUCUAUUGCUGGACGACGGAAACAAGGAUUAAAAGGUGAAGCUUAUCUUAAGUUUGCUGGAUCAACUUCGGGCAGGAUUGGGAAUUCGGCUCAAGUUUCAUUUAUUCCCCAGAAAGAUGCUCACCUUCCCUGUCUAACGGUAAAAGAGACACUUAUGUAUGCAUCGAGAUUGAAAAACUCUAAAUCCGCUCGAAGAGCCGUUUCAAGGUGUAAGAAACUUGCAUCGUUUGAUUUUCUCACUGAAAUGGAUUAUCACAAUUACCUGAUUACACAAGUUCAAAAAGACCUUUGCUUGGGCCGUUGUUGGGAUGUCAAAGUUUCCCGAUGCUCAGGGGGCGAGAUUAAACGUCUCUCAAUGGCAGUUGAACUAAUUUCCAAUCCCAAGGUGAUCAUUUUAGACGAACCGACAACUGGACUUGAUUCAACUUCAGCUUUCCAUUGUAUUGAAGUUCUUAACUGUCUUACCGAGAUGGAAUCGCCUCCAGGCAUAAUUGCCUCCAUUCAUCAGCCCAGCUCAGAGCUGCUUAAUCUGUUUCACAAUGUUUACGUUAUCGGUGCUGGUGGUAGAUGCAUUUACUUUGGUCCAACUGAUCAAUUGGUCAGUCAUCUUGCCUCAAAUGGUCUACAUUGUCCACUUUACCAUAACCCGGCAGAAUUUAUUGUCCAUGUGGCCUCAGGUCGAUACGGAGAGAAAGUAUUGAACAAUUUAGCGACCGCACAAACGGACUCAUUUGAAAAUCUUCAUAUUGCCAUUAAAUCAGAAGAGAUCGACAUGGAUGUUGACAAGAUUGAUGUUAAACGACUUUACCAGGAAAACAAUCGCAAACAACAUCCAACCUGUAAUCAUAUUGGCCUUUUAUUAACUCGAACCUGGAAAUCGACGAUACGACAGCCAAUGUUAACUUGGCUUCGUUUAUCUCAAUACCUUUUGGUUGGACUAAUUUUAUCUUUUCUUCAUAAUUAUAAAAUCGGUGAGCUUGAUGGUUGUUACACCGAUGUCCUAAGAAAUGCAAGCGCUUUUUCGGGCGAACACAAUUAUGGUCAACUUUUAGCUCGAAUAAAUGACAAUACAGCAACAAUUUACUUCGCACUAAUGUUCCUUAUCGGCGUGGCCAUCGUACCAACCGUUUUAACCUUUCCCAGUGAAAUAGCAGUAAUUUUCAACGAAAGGCACAAUGGUUGGUAUUCAUCUUUCUCUUAUUAUAUCGCUAAAAUCAUGGCGGAAACACCCUUGUCAGCGGCACUUCCUUUCCUGUUUUCGGCGCUAUUUUACUAUAUAACUGGCCAAAUACCCGAAUAUGGUAGAUUUAUGCUCUUCUACCUGAUCAUUUUCUUACUUUCCAUCAUUGGUCAAACUAUUGGUCUAAUCAUGGGAACUAUUUUCAUGGACGAUCCGCCGUCAGCCGUUUUCAUGUCCAUCUCAACACUUUGUCCAAUCUUUAUUGUCGGCGGGUUUCUCCUUCGAGAAUCAAUACUGGUCUGGUUCCUUAAACCUCUCUGGUACCUUUCUUAUGUUCGCUAUGGUUUCUCAUCGAUAAUUGUCGCUCUCUAUGGAUUUGGUCGAUGUGGCACCGAAUAUAAAACACCAUUAAGACGAUCGGUUAUACCACAAUUAACCCAAUUGAUCCAAGAUGAAGAUAUCGGCUGUGUUUAUGAUCAAUACCAAUUAAAUUCUGAUUGUUUUGAUGAUGUCCUUCGCGAAUGUAAUACCACCAUGGAUUACAUUUAUAAGGCCACAAUCGGACGAGAGGAAAAUCGUUUCUCCGCUUCACUUGACCAAUAUGACGGAUCUUUUGUAAUGUCCUAUUACGAAGUGACCAAUACUCAAUUUCAUGUCAACAUCGUAGUCCUUAUUUUAUAUGCAUUAGCUUUAAUUAUCAUUAAUUAUUGGAUUCUAAUUUUCAAGAUAAAAAGGAAAAUCAAGAAAUAGAAUCAAAUUAAUAUAUUAAAAUCUAACAAUCAAAUGAAACAAUUGAAAUGAACAAGUAAAAACCAAUCAACAAAUCAACUGACAGAAUUAAAAAAUUUGUAGUUCAUUGAUUGUGAUUAUCAGUCAGUUAAUUAGAUUAUAUUUGCCAAAUUAUUGAUUCUUUUCUCACCAAUAAUUAACUUUCUUGUACAUAUACACCUUGAUUGUUGUGAUUUCAUAUAUUCAUCAUAAUGUAAGCCAAUUUUUACAACUUCAAUUUUAAUUAACUGCUGUUUUAUCAUCACCAUCAACAUUUAAUUACUCGAUUAAUGAAACAAUCAUCAUUCAAAUCAAUCGUUUUUGUAUUUUCAUUCAUCUCUUUACCAAUUUCAAUAUCAAUGAAACUUUUUUCCAAACUAGGUCAUCAUAACUACCAUCAAGUUAAUCAAGAUGACUUGAUCAUCCUCAUCCUCAUCCUCAUCUUCAUCUUCAUUAAUAUCAUCAAUUUCUUCACAAUCUUCUUCCUUGUCUUUCUCUCUUUUUUAUUAAUCUUUCAUUCAACUUAUCACUUUUUCCUAAUUACAAAAAUAUUGAUAAAAUGUAAUCAAUUCAUUUCCAUUUUUCAUCGUCAUCAGUAAAAUUAUUUUACUCACUAAUUCACAAUUCAAUGAAUAAUAAACAAUUAAGGUUGAUAAAAUCAUAACAAUCAACUGCU